ACCUGGCCUGUGCUGCAAUAUGAGUAGCAUACUUCUCUUCUAGAAUGCUUAGCUUAACUAGACCCUUCUGUUCUAGAACUUGUGGUUCCUUCUGAUGUGUUGCUAAUAUGGUACUUGUGUUCUAGACCUUGCAGUGUAUCACACACACACACACACACACACACACACACACACACACACACACACACACACACACACAGAGGCACAUCUGGUGGUGAGAGCUGUGUAGGAUGAGCUUCACUGAGGGCAGCAGUAUCAGAGCUGGACUCUGCUCCGCUGGACGCAGGGUGCAGAUUGUGUUCUGAGUGAUUAGUGCUGUGAUAUUCUUAUCCAGCGGGACAGGAUCGCACCCUUUGGCCAGAACGUGAUGUGGCAGAGAUCUUUCGCCCGCCCCAGGGAGGGAGGGAGAGAUAGAGAAGAGCUUUAUGAGUAACGUGGCCUGUCAUAUCAGUUGGACAUGCAGCCCAUUUCAGAGGGAGCGUUUCAGCCACGACCCUGGAUCUCCGUUCCAAGGGGCAGCACUCGAGAACAACGGUGUGAGUGCGGCGUGUCGUGAGUGUGUGAGCGGUGCGAUGGCUCAGCAGGGGGUCCGAUACUGGACGGUGAAGCAGGUGGGCCGCUGGCUGCGAGAGGAGGGCUUCUGCGACUAUGUGGACCUGCUGUGCAACAAACACCGGCUGGACGGCACCAGCCUCCUGACCCUGACUGAGUACGACCUGCGCUCCCCUCCGCUCGAGCUCAAGGUGCUCGGGGACAUCAAGAGGCUCAUGGUGUCGCUCCGUAAGCUGCAGAAACAAAACGCGGAUGUGCUGGAGGAGCUCGGGUUCGCCCACGACGGACACUCGCCGCAGGGGAGCGCUGGUGGAGAGUGGCUGUGUAACGGAGAGUCUGUGCGGGACUGUGACGGUGUCGAUGCUCUGGGUGGGGAACCGUAUCAGUACAGUAACGGAAAGCACAAGCAGCAGAGUCGCCGGCUGGACCCCGAGUACUGGAAAACCGUCCUCAGCUCCAUCUACGUCGUCUUCGUCUUCGGCUUCACCUCCUUCGUCAUGGUGAUCGUCCACGAGCGCGUGCCGGACAUGCGCACCUAUCCUCCGCUGCCCGACAUCUUCCUGGACAGUGUACCCAGAAUCCCCUGGGCCUUCGCCAUGGCUGAGGCGUGUGGUCUGAUCUUGUGUAAUAUCUGGCUCCUCGUGCUGCUGCUGCACAAACACAGGUCCAUCCUGCUGAGGAGGCUGUGCAGUCUGAUGGGGACGGUCUUCAUGCUGCGCUGCAUCACCAUGUUCGUCACGUCACUCUCAGUGCCAGGGCAGCACCUGCAGUGCACCGGGAAGAUGUAUGGUGAUAUGUGGGCGAAGCUGCAGAGGGCCGUGGCGAUCUGGAGUGGGUUUGGAAUGACUCUGACAGGCGUUCAGACCUGCGGCGACUACAUGUUCAGUGGACACACCGUCGUCCUCACCAUGCUCAACUUCUUCGUCACUGAAUACACUCCGCGGAGCUGGAACUUCAUCCACACGCUGUCGUGGGUUCUGAACCUGUUCGGAAUCUUCUUCAUCCUGGCCGCUCACGAGCACUACUCCAUCGACGUCUUCAUCGCCUUCUACAUCACCACCCGUCUGUUUCUGUACUACCACACGCUGGCCAACACGCGGGCGUACCAGCACAGCCGCCGCGCGCGCAUAUGGUUCCCCAUGUUCUCCUUCUUCGAGUGCAACGUCAAUGGUCCCGUGCCCAACGAGUACUGCUGGCCUUUUUCCAGACCUGCCCUUCUCAGGAGACUCAUUGGAUAAAAACUCUGCUUUUCAUACCCAAAAAGAUACUGAACCAAUCUUUGUUGCCAUGGUUGCGUGGAUAGCCGACGGCUUUCCACCCGUUUGUCUUAGUGGACGGAGAAACUGCUGCCCUUCUGCUCCUACACAGACACACACAGUACAGCGGGGAAGUCAGAGAGCACCACUGUUCUUUCACCUUACAGUCAAAACAGCCACGAAGUUUUUGUUCAUUUUGAAUAGAUGUUUGAGGGAGAUUAAGUAUAAGGUGGUCCGCUUGGAUAAAGAAGGAGAAUAAGUGGGUGUCCAAAAUUAGUGCUGAUUAAAAGGUCCAGAAUAAAUGGGACUCCUAACAACCACCUAGAAGAGCUGGUAGACACUAAAACUGUCCCCAUCGGAUAAACAACACAGGAGAAAGUCAAGUCCACAUUUAGCAGCCUCCUGUCAUGCGUAGUUACACACGUUUGUUCUCGUUAUGCUUGCGCGUUAUUUCUCGUCGUGCUUGAUCUCUUUCCUCACCGCCGGUGGCCGUUUCUUUGUUGUUAUGGGAAUUAAGGAACCUUAAUUAAGGAACCUGACUAUAAUGUGGGGCACUGAACGAUCUGGUUAACUUUUCGCUGUUUCACAUAAGCUUAAAAAGAGACUAAAGUACAGACAUAUCGCUGCUUCGGAGAAAACCUCGUGUCUCCACAACGGGAACUUCACAGGAGAUGCAAAAAAAAUACCGAACUUUUAAUGUAAUUCAGUGGAACCAGACGUCUGUCCAGGCAAUUUUAGGUUGUUUCUUUUGGACCGAUCAUCAUGAAAUUUACACACAAUGUAAAAAGGAAGUAGUUACUUUCAAAAUGAUGUCAAAAACUGAAAAAACACGCAUGGUUUUGUUCCGACAGCAGCGGAUACACUUUACUCCCUUUUUAUUUAUUUAUUUAUUUUUACGUAUAAUUUUGCCUCGUUCUUCCACACAAGCUAGAAAGUUGGCUCAAGCCCUGCGAGCUCUGAUUGCUUCCCUGCUCAGAGCAUGUGAGCUACAUCCAGUCAAGCGUCUCGCUUCCAAAUCUGUUCGUGUGAAACCAGAAAUUUUCAUAAUUAUGUAAAACGGACUUCAAAUGAAAGAUGAGUUGGAGAGACGGCGCCGCUCGCUUUUCUCUUGGACAGUUAUGUAGGCCGCUCUACAUUCUUCUCGGCUCUUCAGUAAAGGCAGUGGUUCUGUUUAGAACCAAGAGUUCUAUGUAGGACCAUUUCCAUACUUAAAUGGCUCUUAGCAUGGUUAAGUGGUUCUUCAGAUCGAUGAAGACUGUGAUGUUGCAGUGUCACGCUUGUAAGCCUUUUUGGUGGUACAUAGAACCAAAAAGGUUCUAUAUAGAAACAAAUGCAGCACGUUCUCCAUCAAGCUGCGGAGCCAUGCCAUCGUGUGGUUGGAUAGUGUGGGUAACACCUCUGCCUUCUACACUGUAGACUG